CGUUUAUCUUUUUUGUUGUGUUAUUAAGUUUAGUUUUUGUUCCUGGGUGUUUAAAGUGCGUCAGUGCUUCCUGAAGCUCCGUGUCUGAAACCUGUAACACCUGCAGCCGCUGCUUAGACCAGUUCAGGAUGGAGACAAACCUGUGGCGUCUCUUGCUGUCAGUCCAGCCAUCCAGAGGACUGGUGGAUGAAAAGUUCAGUGUUCGAGUGCAGAACGCGCCGCCUGCUCACCCGCUGACCAUGCACGCCCUCCUGCACUCAGAGGACGGAGACACCUGGGAGGCGUUCGGUCACUACGUCACGGAUUCUGGCGGGGACGUGAACGUUUCUGAAGACCCCAGUCUGGGAGGGACGUAUGAUGGCGUGGAACCGAUGGGUUUACUGUGGAGCCUGAGGCCGGCACCAGGCAGCAGACCAGGGCUCAGGUUCAGGAAGCGGGACGCCCAGACGCCCAUGCAGGUGAGGCUCUCGGUGUACCAGGGUCACCAGUCGGAGGGUUUCAUGGAUCGGGCGGUGCUGGCCAGUGUGAUGGUGGAGCGUUGGUACAUGGCGCCUGGCGUCCGCAGAGUCAACAUCACAGAGGGUGGAGUCACCGGGACCCUCUUCCUGCCUCCAGGGCCCGGACCGUUCCCCGGCCUGAUGGACCUAUGGGGCGGCGGUGGCGGUUUGGUGGAGUACCGCCCAGCACUGCUGGCCUCUCACGGCUUCGCCUCUCUGGCCCUGGACUACCUGAAACAGGCUGAUGUGAAGAAUGAAUACUUUGAGGACGCCUACAGAGUGCUGCAGCAGCAUCCUCAGGUCUGCAAGAACAGGAUCGGAUUGGUGGGACUUUCCUUCGGCUCCUCUGUGGCUCUGAAAAUGUCUGUUUACUCCAAUGUGAUCCAGCCCAGAUGCAUAGUGUGUGUGAGUGGGAGUCACAUCCAGCACGUGGGAGGAACUCUGGCUGAUAUUUUUGCCGACAUUGCGAAGAACCAGAAGAAGACACGCUACAACGAGGAGAACCAGGUGAUCUGGCGCGACCUGCUCCUGCCCGUCCCGACCGACCUGAGCAAGAAAGUGGAUGUGGGCCGGCUGCAGUGUCCUCUCCUGCUGGUUGUGGGCGAGGAUGAUCAGAACUGGCCUGUACCUGAAUCUGCAGACGAUAUGAGGGAGAUGAUGGAGGGAGCGGGGAACAGCCACCUGCUGACCGUCCUGUCGUAUCCCAGAGCCGGUCACCUGAUCGAGCCGCCGUACAGCCCACACUGCCGCGCCGGCACGUUCAUGGCGGCCGGCAGCAGGAAGAAAUUCAUCGCUCUGUGGGGCGGAGAGGUGGCGCCGCACUCCCGCGCUCAGGAGGACGCCUGGAGGAAGACGCUGGACUUCCUGAGGGAGAAUCUUUACUGCAGCGCCGACUGAGCCACAACAAUCUGCCACAAACACAUUUCUGCUGCCAGAUCACCGACACCAGGCUGCAGGCUGCAGCAGGGCGGCCUCUCGCCUGCCAGACACAAACAACUUUUGCUUUUUCCUCUCAGGAACUAGAAGUUUGAUCAGAGUCGAGGUGGAGCCGCAGCUCUGACACCUGACAGUCCACAGGUUUAACCUUUAAGUACAGCACCUUUUUUAUGAACGUUAAAACACAGUGCCAAAGUGUUUCCACCGCUUCCAGUUUAUGCUACAGUAGUUUUGUUCCAAAAAAAAAAAAAAAAAAGAAAAAGAAAAGAAA